AACUUUUCUUUCGUUUUUAGGAUGAAAGAAACAUCUAAACUUUGACAACAUUGAAAUAUCAAUCGACCAGGAUAAAAGGAAAAUAUUGAUUAUCGUAGUUUUAUUAAAGUGUUUCAUUAUGCCUCGAAUAUACUUAUACUUGGAUGAUUAAUCAAUUUGGUUUGACAGGCAAUUAAUUGGCUGAAUUUUAACAAAAUUUGAUCAAGAUUGUGAUUUUGAGGCAAAAAAUAAUAUAAAAAGUGGUACCAGCAUCUCGAGUUUGAACAUUUAGCUUUAAAGAUUUCUAUGACCAAAAAAAUUUAAUAUUGUUGGGUUGCUUCCGACCAGAGUCGUUGAGAAAGAGAGUCGCGACAACUCCAUUCUCUCAAAUGGACCUUUUUAUUUUUCCUGCAAUGGCGGAUCAUGGAGACUCACAAUAGUUCCCGGAAGUGAGAAGCUGCGCAUCACAUCUGAAUCAAAUCAACGUGAACAUUAAAGCCUUCAAUAGUUAAUAAAAUGUUACUUUAAAAAACGUAUUGACUAACUACAUAGAGUAACUACAUGGUCAUGUCGGUCUGCUAUAUUGUCAAUCCAUACAUUUAUUGGCGACUGAUUAACAAAAAUCGCAGUUCCGUCGCUCAGAAUAAUGGAUUCAAAGGGAACUUCCGGGAACUAUGUAUGGGGGCUACGUGAGUCACGUGACGAGCAAAGCCUUUAGGACUUCCGUUGUCGCGACUCUCUCUCUCCACGGCUCUGGUCCGGUCCAACCGCAGGCGCGAAAUGAAUGUCGGGAGAUCACGUGACAGGAGGAAGAUCCACCAACAUGGCGACCGGCUGCAGAGCGGAGUGAAGCGCAGUGUUGUACCGAGAGGAGAGAAGCACCGGGGCGAGUCGUCACGGGACCGUCACUCGGUGUCGCCGAGUGUCAAGUCCGGCAGGGCCGACACGUGCAAAGGUCGCUGGUCGAUUCCCUCCGAAGCGGCGAGAUGCCGGGGAAACCCGGCGACGGCUUCAAACCGGGAGACCUGGUGUUUGCCAAGAUGAAGGGCUUCCCCCACUGGCCUGCCAGGGUCUGUAAGUCUGACAGCGGCUACAAGAAGCGAGUCCCGGUCUUCUUUUUCGGGACCCACCAGAUAGGUAGCAUCCCCCCGGAGAACGUCGUCCCGUACUUUGGCAACAAGAUGAAGUAUGGCAGCGGCGUUCGCAUCAAAGGCUUCAGCGAGGGCAUGUGGGAGAUCCAGAACACACCGGGAGUCGGGAGUAAAGGCAAAAUACAAGCAAAGACCAGCACAGAGACAACACCUGCUAAACCAACUACUUCCCAGAAAACUACACCCGCCAAGUCGACAUCUGUCCAGAAAACCACACCCGCUAAACCGACUUCUACACCGAAAAAUACUUUACUGUCGGCCCCUGUGAAGGCCAACAGUAAAGCGACAGAAACUGCUGCUAUUCAAACUCCCACUCGAGCCUCGUUGAGAUCCACUCCGGUGAAAACAGCCGAGUCCCGACCGAUUCCGACGGCACCGGAUUCCUCGGAGACGACAGUGACGACAAGAAGCAGAAGAUCCGAGUCGAAUGCGCCAACGAGUGGCGACGGACCCGCGGGAGGGAGCAUGAGUAAAAACGCUGCUCCAGGCGACAAGGCGGAGACGACAGCAAACGUGGUGAAAACAAAAACUCUCUCCAAAGCCGGCGCGACCGAAUCGGCUCCGGCCGCCGAUGCUCCAGGAAGUGAAUCCUUCGCCGAGACAACCGCAGGCAAAGUUCUGGAAGAGCAGGAAACGCAGAACGCCGCCCAAGAGCCGACGACGGCGAUGGUGGAAAAAGCCGAGCCAGACGCUUCAGAGGCGACGAGAACCACCAGGAGCAGAGCGGCCGAGUCCAAGGUCGUUGCCGAGCAACACAAUCAGACUGCCAGUCCGUCAGUGACGCCUGCAGCAGCUGCUAAGAGUCUGAAAAACAUAGAACCAAAGUCUGCUCCAACACAAACGUCCAGGAGCAGCAGAGGACGGAGAGAACAGGACGACGAAGAGGAGGAGGACGAGACGUCAGCAAAGAGUCGAAGAGUCAAGAGAAAGAGAGAAGAGGAGGAUGAAGAGGAAGUGCAAGAGAAAACGACAACGAAGACAGAGGAGAAAACGGAAGAGGUGAAGUUUUCCGAGAGCCAAGGAGCGGAAAGAAAGGAAGAAGAGAAGGAGGAUAAAACAAAACAGGAUGAAGUUGUCGAAGGCAAGAAAGACACGAUGACCGCAACGACAGAAACUCCGAUGAUGAAGACGAGGAGAGGCGAGAAAGGAGAGCAGAAUGAGAAGACGUGGGAAGGAAAGGACGAGGAGAGGACGAGGAGAGAAACGAGAGCAGGGAGCGGAAAGAGAACGAGAGAAGAGGAGACGACGAGAAGGGAGGAGGGCCAAGGGAGGAAGAGGGAGGAGGAGGAGAAGGGGGGGCAGAAGAAAGUAAGGGUGUGGGUAAAGGUUGAAAAGAUGGAUGGAAAGAAAGAGAAGAUGAAGACGAUGGAGGAGGAGAAACCUGGAGAAAAGUCAGACAGAGGAGGGAGGACGACGAGGAGGUCGGAGAAGGAGAAAACAAAGGACGCAGGAGAGGAGGUGACAGGAGAGGAAGAGGAGCAGAAGGCAGAGGAUGAAGAGAAACCUGGAGAUAAGUCGGAGAAGGAGGGAGGAGGCUCCGUGGACGAGGAGCGUGAGCGGCGCCUGGUAGCCAAGAGGGAGAGUCUGUUGAAGUCUCUGCGAGGUCUGCUGAAGGCGGGAAGAGGAGCGAGGAGGAGGGAGGGGACCAAGAGCGCGCUGAAAGUCGGGGACGGAGCAAAGAAGAAGAAGAAGAGUCAGCAGGGUGCGAAGGAAACGACCAAGAUCCGGAAAUCAGGCGGUGGCGUCAAGAACGAGCUCGGAGAGACGAAGACGAAGAAGACGACAGAGGUCACACCGAAAGAAGAGAAAGACGAGGUGAAGACGUCUGACAGAAAGACGACAACGGACACGAUACAGGAGGUGAAGGCAAAGAGUAAAACGACAGACGAGGAGAAGACCAAGGAAAAGAAGGAAGACGGGAUGAAAGCGGAGGAGAAGCAGCAGCAAAAGGACGAAGAAAAGAAAGACGAGCGAAGGAUUAUUGGAAAGAUCGUCAAGGCGACGGCGGGAAGGGGAACGAAGGUUCAGGUGAAGACUAUGAUGGGAGGAACAGUGGCAACUGCGACAGCGGCUGCCGCGAAGGAGGAGAAGAUGGAAAGCAGAAAGGUGGAGGAGAAGAAAAAGGUGAAGGAGGCGGAGAAAGAGAAGAAAUCCGAACCGGAGAGAACGAGAGCGGCGACAGAGGACAAAAAAGACAAGAGCACGACGACAGCGGAAGAGAAGAAGAAGAGGAAGAGGGGCAAGGACGAAGAGGAGAAACGAAGGAAGAGCGGCGAAGAGGAGAUGCCGAGAAAGCAGAGCAAAGAAGAGCAAAGAAGAGCGCCCAAAGAGAAAGAGAAGAAGAAGAAGAGGAAAGAAACGGAGGAGGAAAGAACGAUGCGAGAACCGAAGAAGAACGGGGACAAGAGUGAAAACGUAGCAGUGGAAUCUCAGGAGGAAGACGAGAAAAGUCCGAAGGAGGAAGACGACAAAGCCACAGCAGAAGAAGAAGAGAGGUCGUCGGAGACGAGCGCGGAGGAAAAGAACGACGCCAAGACGUCGUCGGGCGGAGGGAGGGUGACGGAGGGGACGCAGAAGAAGAGUUUGACGAUGACGCUGACGGACUCCACUCUGCACCGGAUCCACGGAGACAUCAGGAUCUCUCUCAAGUCCGACAACCCGGACAUCAGGAAGUGUCUGGCGGCGUUGGAGCAGCUGAGCAUGGUUUACGUGACGUCUCAACACGUCAAGAGACACAGUGAGCUCGUGGCCACGCUGAGGAAGAUGCGUUACUACAGGGCGAACCAGGCCGUCAUGGACAAGGCCUCCAUGCUGUACAACCGCUUCAAGAACGCCUACCUGCUGGGGGAGGGCGAGGAGGUGGUGAGCACCGCCUUCCUGCGCUCGCUGCUGCAGGAGAAGGAGCGGGAGGAGGCGGAGCGCUGCAGGGAGCGGCGGAGCGGGCAGGGGGCGCCGCAGGCGGAGGUGGCGAGGGCGGCUGAUGGAGACGGGGAGGAGGUGAAGAUGGAGGAGGAGGAGGUGCUGAAAGACGAUGAUGAAAAAUAAGCUCCAGUGGACUGGUCCUGAAGUUCCCUGAAGCAGCCUGGACUGAGCCAUCUCCCUGUAGAGGGGUGUUGUGAUCUGACACAGCCCACGACCAUGUACACAUGUACACACACACUCACACACACACACAUGCACUUUUUUAUAAAUAUUUUUAUUUACAGUUGUCCAGCAUCUAAUCAUUCACACGAGCAUUAAACAAAUUAACAUUAAACUAAAACUAAAGGUGCGAUUUGUGCGGACUGCACCUUUAAGCCUUCGAUAAUCUACCUCUGCUGAAUCUUUCACGAGGAGAAGUUUGUUGAGAAUAUUUUUUAUUAAUAUUUACUCGCGGGGACAUUGGGUCCUACGUUGUUGUUGCUCAGUUUUUCUUUUUUUUUCAUCUGCUCAUAAACAAAAUCUUCCGAAUAAUUUUCGUUCUCAAGCAUUUCAGAGGAUCGGAGGUGAAGGGGACGAUGGGAAAUGUAGGUUUUACUUGGAAUGUGUUCUGGGCCUCAUUGGAGCGAACUUGAUUUUAUAAAACUUUGCACAGUGAGAUAUUUUAUUCUGUUUUGUAUCGUGACCAGUGAGAUGUUUUUUUUUUUUUUCAUGUCUGUUCUUUUCCGAUUGGCUGUCACGACUCUGUUAUGUAUUUAUGUCAUUUUAACUUUCAGACAAAUAAAAAACAAGACCCCUUUUUAAAAAAUAAA